GAGUGUAUUGACUGGGUACAAGAUAGAGGAUUUCUAGAAAUUCAACAACUUUUUCAUCCUCAACUACAUACGAUGAACAUAUUUUUCGUUAUACAAUAAAUGAUAAAUAUUAGCCUAAGGCCCCUGGAUCUGAUCGAACAUCUCUGAGGUUCAUCUCUCGCAAGAUUCGCCAAGCGUCCGAUCACGCCAUCUUGGCGCAUCACCGGCAAGUUAGACGCACGGAAACGGUUGCCUCUGCCCUCUCCAGUUAGUCCAGUUCCGAUCCGGCGUCCGAAGCCAUUUCUAAUUCUAAUAUUCCGUUAGCGCAUACGGCAUACGCCGCAAACACAACGUGUCCAUAACCUGGGAAUCUUUGAAAGACGGGUACGUGGCGUCGGCGUCGGCGACGGCGUCCUAAUUGUGGUGUCGUCCCGCGCCGUGUUAGCGUAGUCUACGAUGGACGAGAACGUGGUGGAGAUUGAAAACGAGGAGGCGAUCGAGAAUGUGAAGAAUGUCUGCAGACUGUGCCUUUCCACGGAUGGAUCUAGAGCUUCGGUGUUUGGAACGCAGGAGGAAGAGGAGUCGUUCAGCGUGUCGCUGGUCGUGAAGAUUCAGGCCUGCCUGUCGAUCCAAAUUUCGACAACCGAUAAGCUGUCCACGUGGAUAUGCACAAAUUGUGUGAAAAGCGUUAAUCGAUGGUAUACCUACAAGGAAUCGUGUUUGCGUUCCCAGGACAAAUUACAAGAAUGGCUGGCAAAUCAAUUGCAGUCGAAUCCUACAGUUAUUAGGAUCAAAAAUGAACCAAUGGAUAUAGAUUACGAAAAUAGUGUAGAAAUUAUCGAGGAGACUGUCAAUAAUAUAGAAGUUAUGAAGGAGACAGCCAAUAAUGUAGAAGUAAUCGAGAAGACUACCAAUAAUGUAGAAGUUGUCGAGAAGAUCAUCAAUGAUGUAGAAAUUAUUGAGAAGACCCCCACUAACUUGAAAAAAUCACAUCCACCAGUUCAAUCAGUGGAAAACACUGAAGCUAAUAAUGAAAAAGUGCAAGAUGUAGUAGAUAACAGCGAUGUUAAUGAUAUUGCGAAUGAUACUAACAAAGACCCCGAAUCAAUCUCGUCUGCAAUGGAAAAGGAAACUGAUAAGGAAAAAAAUCAAGCGGAUCAGCAGGAUUCUAUAGUUCUGUGUUCGAUUAAAAGCGAGCCGCAAGAUGAAGACGAUACCGAUGGUACCAUAGAAAUAGAAUCAAAUAGCAGUGAAUUGAAUGCCAUGGCAGUCGAUGAGACAGAGGACACUAUCAUGGAGGCUGAUUCCACGCAAAAGUCUAAUGCGGCUGGCGCAUCGCCUAAGAAGAAAUUCAGACGCGGUCCUCAUACUCACUUCAGAGGAACGCGUGUUUUUAAGCAGAAGUGCACGCACUGCCAGAUAUUUUUGCAUUCUAAAUACUCGUACAUGAAACAUAUGAAGAGGUUUCACAGUAAGGAAAAUGGCAUUGGAAAUUCAGAGAUGCGGAACGACGACGAGGAGAUGAUAGAGGAUCUAGAAGAUGAAUUGAUCAGUAUGGAGAAGGACUCGCCGCUGACGCAAGUUCAACAGGACAUUAUUAGUCAACUGAAAACUUUUUCUUGCUACUCUUGCGAGCAGACAUUUAAUGAUCGACGCAGCACUCUUUCUCAUAUACGUCAACAUAUGCCGGAUCUAAGACCAUACACAUGUAUUGCUUGUUUGACAGAAUUUCCAGAUCGAUCAAUGUAUCAGUUGCAUUGCGGAGCUUCCUUCGAAUGCGCCAUGAAGAUUGCCCUAGUUGUACCGAAACACGGUAGCGAGCGAUAUUUUACAUGUAACAUGUGUUUGCGUUCAAUGCAAGGUAGAAAGGAGUUACUCAGUCAUUUGUCGAAGCAUUCUGAUAAGCAGUACGAGGAGAUGAUGUCAUCGUCAACGCGAGCCCCGCCUAAACUGAAGCCGAUGGCACCGUUGCCAUCCUCGAAAAACAGCACUCUGCAUAAGAACGGACCUUAUAAGAAUGGUGAUCCAAAGCAUAAUCAUGCCUGCGAUCUAUGCGGCAUGAUCUAUCGAUAUCGGCCCAAUAUGCUCAAGCACAGAGAGGUAUGUGCGCGAUUGGACCCAGACAACAGAAUAUUGUACAAAUGCGUGCAUUGUUACAUGACGUUUCUUGUGUUUAAGAAGUUCCAUUAUCAUAUUACAGCCGAUCAUAAGAAAAAAGAUUUUACUUGUUCUGAGUGUUUUUCCAAAUUCCGAUCACCCAGCGAUUUUGUAACUCAUUACGAAACCCAUCGCACGACAAUGCAAGAUAACCAACAAGAGCAGUAUGACAGUACCUCGCAGAAUACAGUUCAAACACCAUUGAAGGAACGUAAUGCUUACGAAACAAAUGUCAAAUCAAGAGUUAGUUCACGAAUAUCAAAUCAGCAGUAUCCUUGUCCUCUCUGUCCCGAGAAGUUCUCCACGAAGGUUGAACUGAACGAGCAUCGGACUCUUCAUCUCAAAAUGAAGAUAUAUUCGUGCGCCAUUUGCCGUAGCUUAUUCAGCAGCGCCGGCUCCUUGGAGAUCCAUAUGAAGGAUCAUGGUAUCGAAGACGCGCAUGAAAGGGACGCCAAUGUGUCUUGUGUAGAAUUCGGCAGCUUGGAUGAAGAUGUGAGGAUUGAGAAAGAUUUGGUGAACAUCAGUAGCAUCUCGGAUCCUGGUCAAAAUCAUGAAUGUGGCGAAUGUGGUAAGGUACUAUCCAGUUAUGCUAAUCUUCGACGACACGCUAAAAUUGCUCACCGAAACACUAAGAUCUAUGAUUGUGUCGAUUGCUCGCGAAUGUUUAUGCGUAAAGAUUUGUACGAUACUCAUAUGGAGAUCAAGCAUAAUUCUAAGAACACAAUGCUGCAGUGUCCGCAAUGUCCCAAGAGUUUUGUCUUCCAUUCGAAUUUCACUUAUCACUUCCGUACUGCUCACAAAUCACAAACCAGUUAUGCCUGCGAUAUCUGCGGCAAAGUCUUUGUUGAGGAAGCGUCUUUGAAAAUACAUAGGGGCUGGCACAAUCGCGCCAAUUCACGUUUGAGCACUCGAUUUAUACUUGGAGAUCAAAAUACAUCUAAUGACGCGCAAAAGGAAUCAAGUAGUGUUGAAUCUGUUGAGAAUUCAGAACGGCCGGCGAGAGCACGAAAAUCUUUCCAUAAUCCACAACUAAUCCCACUUCAAUCACUAACAAAGACAUCAGGGAAUUACCAAUGUCAAGUAUGCAAUGACAAAUUCAAUGAUGUCGUAGAACUAAGAACUCAUUUGUGGGACGUCCACUGCGCUCGCAACAAACCAGAGAAGAGUUUCUCUAAUGAUGAACUUCAAUGCGAACUCUGCACGAACAUUUUCCCCGAUAAGGGAACCCUAGCAUGUCAUAUGCAAUGGCACAAGGCUAAUCCUAUUCUCAGUGACAUACAAAAAACGUUCUUCUGCGAAAUAUGCGGCAGAUCUUACAGAUCGAAGAAGACUCUAUGGAAGCACAAGAGACUUCACAAAGCUACCGCUGUAGCAUCAAUUAAAUUCCAAUCUUUGGCUAGAAAACCGAUGGCUACACAAUUCCUGUGCAACUUCUGUCGCAAAGUUUUUUCAAGCAAUCAAUCUUUGCAACGGCAUAAACUCACUUUCCACAGUGAUCCGCUGAAUCAACAACGUGCGCAGCAACAGUUAUGCAACAGCAGUCAAUUAUCGUCAUUUGAUGAACCAAGAACAAAGCGCAUGAAACCAGACAUUGAAAAUGAUAAUUCGCAGACUAAAUUGUCGCCUUUCGCCAUGGACUUCGCUGGCGAGAGAAGGAAACCGGUCAUGUGCCAUGUUUGCAAGAAAAUGUUCCCUAACAUGAGCGUGCUGUACAAGCAUAAGCAAAUGGUUCACAAACGAUCAAGAAUACCCGAGUGUAUACCGAUGUCGACUCAGGAUGGCAAAUUUUCAUGCAAUAUCUGCUUCAAGAAAUUCCCCGGUCUAUCAAAUCUGCGACAACAUUUUACAAUUAAACACAAGAAAACGUCCGAAUCCAGCAACGCAUCAAUAGCAGCGAGUAAUGAGAGAUUGUCGCUUUCGACACCCGAACGUCCAAAGGAGGGAACUUAUGAAGUGGCCUACAAUAACGUGAUGUACAGCUGUAAAUUGUGCAAGCAGUGUCAUGUUUUCAAUAAGGAUUCUAUCAUACGCCAUAUCACCAAUGUGCACAACGCAGUGUAUCAGGCCGAUAGCAAGACGUUCCAUAGGGAAGUCACUCUGAGCACUUACGUAGUAAAGGACGCGAUCGGAGCUACUUGUCCGCGAUGCGAUGUUAAAUAUCCUAAUAACAGGGCUCUGAAGAUACACUAUAUUAAGUUCCACGAAAAUAAUGAUUAAAAUUGUUAAAAUCUGGCCAUUGUGCUAGGAAGGAAGAUUUUUUAAUUGUAAUCACAAAAAUCGAAAGAUAAUUCCUAAAUCAUGAUUGUCUCUACAUGUUGAGUGGUAUAUUCCUGAGAUAGCAUCGAUUCUGACUUGGAUCGAAAAAUUUUGGUUCGGAUAUAAUCUGUCUGAAGUUGACCUUUUAACUCAUUCCAGUUCUUUUAACUCGUAACGAUUACUGGAUCCAUUUGGAUUUUGAUUCUUUUUGAUUUCAGUAAUU